GGAGCAUCAAGCUCGUGUCUUCUAAGUACUCUGCCAUGAUGAUCAAACUGCAGGAACAACAGGACGCCCCCUUGUGUAGCCACCAAAACAAUUUUUUUUGAAAGGUAAAUUCCAAUGAAUUUGAAGUUUGGUUUUGAAGAAGUUGCGGCCCCUUACUUCUCCUAAGUCUUCAAAGCAGCCAUUGCAAAUAAAAAGCAUACUGAUACUUGACUAUGUCGACCGCGGAAGAGACUGUUCUGACGUUGGUCCGUGCUUUGGCGGACGGCAAGUGCACGGGUGAGCAGCAGAAGCAGGCCGAGCGAAGUUUCAACGAGCUUCGGGAUGGCAAGCCAGAAGACUGCUUAUCUGGUCUCCUGACCAUUAUGGACCGGGUGUGCGAAGGGUCCGCAACAGCAGCUUUGUCCAAAGAAGACACGGCCAUCGCGUCGUCCGCUCUGGUGUUGUUGAAGAACACCAUCCCCAAGGUCUGGUCUGCCCCGACCGUGGCUCCGCAGCAGGCACAGUUGUGUGAACGUUUGACGACGUGCUUCUUGAAGGAUACCUGCCCCGCGACGAUUCGCAAGAGCGUGGGACACGUGAUUGAAAACAUUCUGGUGUCGAAGGACUGCGGGGGGGACGUCAGGGACCUGUUAAGAAAAGGUAUACUUAGUUCUAGUACUUCGGGCUUUGUCAACACUACUGGGUUUGGAGAAAACCUUCGUUUUGUUGACGUUGACCCGCUUAGACUUACAUCUUGAUGAAUUUCAAUUUUUGUUCUGUUUUCAACGGAAGUACUCGUAUUUCUAUUUUCACAGAAUAAAUUUCCAUUGCAAAUUUAUUUGCAAAAAUCACGAUCAGAACUGGUUCCGACCCUGGGCCGUGCUUUGGACCAGAAUAUCGCCGCCCACCUUGGUCCGGUAUUGCAGUUCCUCGUGGACGGUAUGCAGGGCUUGGUCUUUUUCGAGCAGGUCUGCAUGCCACAUCAGGCGAAAAUGGAGCAGCUUCUUCUGACGGACCCCAGCCAGCACAACGUUCCCCUGGGCGGCGAGCUCCGCGCACUCCUGUUCCUGCGCAUUGUCGAGUGGACCGCGGCGGAAAAAAUUCCGCACGAGCUGGUGAAGAAAUUCGUGCCCGCCGGAGUGUUACAAGUUCUAAUCAACUCCGAUAAUACGACAAAGCAGAAGGAAAUCCUGCAGGCAAUGGUGGAGGCCGCCGGGAAGAACAUCUUCUCCGCCCAAGUCGACGCGAAUUUGCUCCACGCCGGGAUCCAGGCGUGCAACCAGGUCGCGCAGAAAAACGAGGAGGAGCUUUUAGCCACAGCCAUCGAGACCAUUCUCGCACUUUUGGAAGCGGAGGAGAUCGAACACCUGGGCAAAACCGAUUUGCUGCAGCAGGUCCUCUCGCUGGUGUUCAACAUGUGCCUCAGGAUCGACGUGGACAACUACGAUUCCUGGAUUGAGGAGAGCAACGACGAGGACGACACGGAAGAGGAGGUUGGCGUGGGCCUGGACGCGCUGGACCGCCUGAUGCGGAAAACCCAGCUGGACGACGAGUCGGACCCGGCGCUGUUGCAGCCCUUUUUCGCCAAAAUGCAAAGUGAAUUGCAGGCCAACAACUGGGCCCACAACGUGUCGCGUUUGUUGAUGCUCCAGUACGUUUUGGCGUACGUGCAAACGCCCGAGCAUUUGGAGCAGGUGACCAAAGCGGCGCUGGACACCGUGGUCAACAUGGGCAGCAACGCCCGCGAGCGGUUCGCCGCCUGGCUGCUGCUCGGCGAGUUUUGCCAGAGCAAGCGCGAGUUCUCUCUCCGCGAUGAGCAGACAAGGCAAGCCUGGAUUGAGGCUUUGACCAACGCAAUUGAGAACGAAAAGUGCACCCGGGUAUUGGCAAAAGCCCUCGACUGCUUCCUCUACUACGUGGCCGACGACAGCUCGCUGGAGCUCGAGGACAUCGAGGCCUUUGCGCCAAGGCUGCUGAAAAACUUCCUGAAGAUUGUGGAGGAAGCCGACCAGGUGUUCGACACACGGGAUAAGGGAGGCUGCUCCAGCACGACCGCUUGGAACAGCAACAACGCUCCCGGCACCCCUUCGACGGCGGAUGGCCAGAGUCCGGCGCACAGUGUACUAGGCAACACGAGUAAGUCGCACGACGUGACGAACCUGUCCGCGAGGAUGAAGCUGGUCCUGAAUCUCCAAGUGACCGCACUUGGCUGCAUAACCGGCGUCGCGGAAACGAUGCAAGAGGAGGGCGUGCGCAGUUUCUACAGCGAUCUGAUGCCACUACUGUUCAAGGUGAUGGAGAAGAACGGCAGCAGCGCGGACUCCCGGGAGUUAUUGGGCGCCGCGAUCGAGUGCGCGAGCACGCUGGGCAGCUACAGCACGCCCGAGCAGUUCGCGGGCGACGCGAAACAGAUCUGCAGCGCGAUGUGCAACGUGUUGCGCACGGCCACCAUGGCCGACGACCCCGUCAAGGACUACGCGUUCGCGGCCGCGGACAAACUCGUGUCCGUGAUGAAGCAGGACUUUGUGCCCUUCCUCCCUAGCUUCCUCCCGGAGGUGUACGCCCGACUGAAGAAGGAGGGGUUUGACGCGACCGAUAAAUCCGCUUUGGAGAACCUCUCCCACGACGACAUCUCCGCCCAGCAGAUGGAGAUUUCCAUGACAGUUCGGCUCGACCCGAAGACCGGGGAGCAGAAGCUGCUCUGCAUCAAGACGGCCUACAUUGACGACCUGCACAACGCGCUCAGCGUGCUGCAGAAGUUCUUGGAGCAUUUACAGGGAGAUUUCAUCCCUUACGUGGAGCAGUGCGUGCAGGAAAUCACCCCGUUGUUAGAUUUCGAGUACGACGACGCCGUCCGCGCCAGCGCGUACGACGUCUACGCCGAAGUGGUCAAGCUGUGCACCAAGGCCGACAAGAAGCCCGCCGCGCAGUCGCUGGUGACCCAGUUUGCGACCCACGUGCUCGCGGCCUGGAAAAAAACCGACGAAACGGAAGCCAUGGACCCGUCCGCAACGCGGACCCAGGCGGACGGCCUGGAGAACGUACUGAAAGCGGCCGGCCCGGGCGUACUGAGUGUCACGCAAGUCAACGAAAUCGCGAAGGCCUGCAUCUCGCAGCUCAAGUCCACGCUGUCGCGCGAACACAAAGACCAGGACGAGGAAGACCUGGAUAUGGAGGGAGACUUGCAGGUAAAGUUGUGUUUUCAUGCGGACUUCGAGUUUCGCUAGAUAUUUCUAUUUGAUGUCCUAUGAGCAAAAGCAAGCCAAGUUGUCCAAGGUCAAUGCAACGGGCGCAGCAGCGCUGCUCGACAUAUUUCUUUAUGUGUCAUACCCAUAUGGUGAACGUCACGGCCGCACUUGGGACUCCUGGUCCUGGUCGUGCUCCCGUGCAUAUUCAUGAACUUGAACAUGUAGGAAUACUAAAAGAACCACGAAAUCAUAAAAUCCGAACAGGUCUCUCUAGUAAGCGCGAUUGGCGGGUUGAUGCAGCACCACCGCGAGGAAUUUGCACAAGAAGGAUUCGCCCUCCACUCCCAACUGAUGACGGAGUGCAUCAACAGUCCCGACCCGGAAUUGGUUCGCGUGGGUCGGCUGAUCGCGGCGGACUUUUUGGAACACAUGCCGAACCACACAAAGACCUUGUGGCCCACGGUUCUGCCCAAGCUCAUCGUUGCGGUGGACACGAAGAGCAUCCCGGAGGUCGUGCAAGCGGGGGCGUUUGCCCUCUCGAUGCUGGUCAAGGAGCCGGAAUUCGCACUGACGGGGGAAACGAAAAACGUCGCGGACCGAUGUGCCAAGUACGUCGAAAAAGUCGCUGGCUGGAAGAAGGGAAGCCUGCCAAAGGGCAUGCAGUUCGCAAGCGACAACUGCCUUGCUUGUCUCGGAAACUUGCUUCUAGCACACGGCACGCAGCUCGGUACUCAUUUUCAUUGAUGUGGUUUUGCUUUUGCGCUUUUAAGUUAUGAAACUAGCACAGAGACAGACGACCGAGUUGUUACUCAUUUUUCGCGAUUUCUUUGUACGUUCGUUACGAAUGUAGAACGAAAUCGCGAAAAACGUAGAUGUUGGACUUGGAGACGGAGAAGGAUCUCGCAAUUCGAAAAUACAAUCGUAGAACAACCUAAAACUUGUACAGGUGAAAACGAAGCCCGUGGUAUGUGGCAAGGCUGGAUGAAGUGCUUGCCUCUGAAGGAGGACGAGGAGGAGGCCGUUCGGGUGCACGAGUCACUGGUUGAUCUGGUCCUCGCCCAGGACCAGAGGGUUCUCGCCAACCUCGACGAAGCCGUUCGCGUCAUGACCCUCGUCUACAAGACACCGAUGGCGAACCAGCGCAUCAACGAAAAGAUCGUCAAGAUCGUCCGCGGCGUCAGUAGCACCUUGUUGGAAAAGGCCAUAUCGGGCUUUUCAAAAAAACUGCAAGCCAAAGUGCGUCGUAUCUAUCAAGACGUCAAUGCAUAAAGGAAAGCGAAGCUUUCACUUUUGCCCUCAAUCAAGAUCAUAAUAAUGCAGCCGAAAUCUAGAGAAAGGCAAAAGGAAAUACUAUUUCAAAGAAUAAACUUCUAAAACUUGUGUACCAGUCGCGCUUCUGGUGAAGGUUGUUACGGUCUGACUACAACCGACGAACAAGUUGCUUUCCAACGUGUUGCACAUCAAAUUUGAUCUGAAUGUAGCGAAGCGCCUCGCCACCUCAU